AUGAUCAACGGUACUGCGAAUAGUGCGCCGAAGGGGGCCGAAGCGCUUCCUUCGACAUAUCACCCAGUGACUACCUCCUUAGAUUCCCUGCCGCAGCUCACGCCUCAAGAUAAGCUAUUCAUAGCGGCGCGCUGCUUCGUCGUGGCGCUCGGUCUGCUCCUCGUAACUUUCCACUUUUUCAAGGACUCUGCGUUGUGGCACUCGCCUAUUGAGUGGUUCGAUAUGAGUGCAUUCAAUCAUGCUAAGUUAGCGGCGGAUUUCCGCCCUUUCGAUGCUAAUAUUUCGGGGAGCGUUUACCAGGAAGGAUUAGCGGCUGUAUCCAUACCUGCUGAUUCACCACCCGCUGUAGCCUUACCUGCUGAAUCCGCACCGGCUGUAUCCUUACCUGCUGAUUCCCCACAGGCUGGAUCCUUACCUGCUGAAUCCCCACCGGCUGUAUCCAUACCUGCUGAAUCCCCGUCUGCUAAGCCCUUGCCGCCUGAAGGGGAUAGCCCUCUCGUCGCUUUCGAUCGCGCAUUCGCCACUCUGGUCUCGUUCCAACAAAAAGGUCGUUUUUCGUUCGCCAAUAUCGCGACGUUCAAUGUCGACCCCUCAGUUACCAGCAGCGCCUCCGUCGCCACGCGCUACAAGCUUCUCUCGCUGCCCGUUUCACGUGUGCCCGAAAAUCUGACCCAACCAACGCGUCGCGUAUGCUACAGUGCUACACUCGUCGGAUCGCUACGUGUGGGGCGCUAUAGUACUGGGGCAAAGCAUAAGGAGAUUCAAGAGGAGAGCAGGCGAGGGCUCAAGGAGGCGGGGUGGACGGUGAAGGAGAUUGAGAGGAUUCGCAACCCCCACGCACUCAACGGGACUUACAACGAGUGGAACUACAGCAAGCCGCGGCUGUGGCAGCAGACGGACAAGUUGAGGCUGUGGCAGCAGAUGGACAAGCUGCGGCUGUGGCAGCAGACGGAGUACACCAAGCUGCUCUUCAUCGACUCGGACCUGCUCCUCUUGAACAGCAUUGACUUUCUCUUCUCCUACCCCGAGAUCUCCGCCCGCGGAAAUGACGGCACAGAUUUCAACUCAGGCGUGAUGGUCUUGGAGCCGUCGGAUUGCAUGUUUGAGCUGCUGAUGGCAAAUCUGGAGCGAGUGCUAUCGGAGAAUGGAGGGGACCAGGUGAGACCAUGUUCUUAUGUCAUGUGA